CCAUUGAUCAAUGGGAAAAAAUCAUUUGUGUACAAGAAGAGGAGGAAGGUGUUUUGAAGUGCGCGUAUUGCUGAUUAGAUUUUACUUUAAGCCGAUUUAACCCUUCGGAGGAUCGCGAUCGUACGAAGUGAUGAACAACUACACUUUUCUGCGUGAAAUUUGUCUGCAAAGCAGGACUUUAGAUUAACGGAGGAAUAAUCGUCCACAACCAUGACAGCAACCAGGGAUAACUUGAGCGUUGUGUUUGUGUAUGAUUGCGAAAGUUGCGUCUCUGAGGCAGACGACCCUCAGGACGCGAUUGUUUACUUCCACCCGCAAUGGGUCAGCGAACAGCAGCGACUGGCCUUGUGCGGACAACUCAUGGGUACCACGCACUUUUUCCUCGCCUCCUUCAGUUGUCCGAAACUGAUUUGCCUCAAAAGUGGACAAUUCGCCAUCAGGCAGUGUGGUAGAUUUAUUUUGGCUGUCGGAACGGAUCACAGCCACCCUGCGUGGGUGCUGCACAAACGAGCUGACGCCCUUUUUGCAAUGUUACGAUUGUUCCAUGGAGGAAUUGAGGAGAUUGGCAACGGAUGCGCUUUUGACAGGAGCAUCCUUGUAUCUCGGCUGCAAGACAUCCUGGACACUCUGGUGCCAAUGGCUCAGAAUUAUGGAGAUCUGUUUGGACAAGAACCAACUCUGUUAUUGCCCAAAAGUGCUAGCAAUGUGUUUUUGGAAGCAGUACAAGUUCUCGAGUUUUUCCAAAACUUACAGGGAGUGAUAGGAGGAACUAUUCUUUACAAGAACAGAGUUGUCUCGACUCUACUGACUGCAGAGCUCACUAGAAAACUUAUUUUCUCAGACCCUUACCACAUUAGGAAUUCGGUUGAAACUGUUCCUGCUCAGUUUGAGUUGCCAUUAGGAGUGAGACUCUUGAGAGUUUACUUAGAACAGAGGGAGCAUGAAUCUUUGGUAUUUGCUGCCAACCUGUCGAGAGAAAUUUUUACUAACAUUGACUUUGCCCGUCCUGAAAAAGUUGGAAGAACCUUUGGAAGCAGCAUGAUAAGGGAUGUGUCCCGCAUAUUCACCGUCCUAGAAGAACGCGAGCCAUUUGACGAUGUGGAUGGCCAACCAAUGAGUCCAAUGUACAAUGAAUUUACGCCACCGACCAACAAAGGAAAUUUCCGCAAAACAAGCGUUCCUUUGGACGACCGCUUUAACACUCCACCAGUUCGACUCAGCCUGCCAGUCGGAGCAGUCACGCCUGGGACCUUGGGCAAAAUUCUGCACGCCAAGAGAAUGUCAAUUUGUGCACAGAGAGAGGAGGACGAAGAUAAAGAGGUGGAAACACCAGAGACACCUGAGAAAAGUAUUUUUCGGCACUCGCCUGUUGAAGACAAGAAUGUUCCUGCUGAGAAGGAGAAGUUGACCUCUCCACUGAAGGUUAGGUGCAGGAGUUUAGACGACCUGAGCAAGGCAGCCAUCCCCAUCAAGGGCUACAGCUUUGGUCUGCCCAAGUUGCAGCAGAGUCCAAAAGAGGAUGAUGAACCAAAACCAGGCACCAUGCAGCGACUCUUCAACACAAUUUGCGAUCCAACGUACCCUGUGUUCAAGGCCAACGGAAUGCCUAUGUCCCACUCGUUGUUCCAGUCCUACCUUGAGCAGCACUACUGCGAGCUCAACGAGGAGGGCAAAGUCCAGAAGAUCAAAACUCCUGAGAAGAAAAAGCAAAAGCCUGAUUUGGUGGCAAAAACCGAAGAGCCCGAAGAGUUGAGGUCUGCCCCAGAAUCAAAGCCCGUCGAAGUAAUAGCCAAUAAAGAAGUCUACAAACGCUCUCUCAGUCUUCCUUUGAAGUCGUUGAAUCUUUCGGACACCGCUGACCAGCCGGAGAAAAGCAAACGGAAGUCCUUUGUGCUGAAUCAAGACGAAUCUGCACCUGUGCCAACCAAACUGGAGUUGUUCAGUGUGCCUGACAGAGUGGAGACUCCUUGCGACUUCUCCGGUCUAUCUAGAGCCGUGGCCACUCCUGGUGCUCGGGUCACAACCCCUGCAGAGUUCAGAUCGUUUAUUCUGGAGAAAAGGAAGAAGGAAUUGGCCGCCAGUCAGAACAAGUCAAUGGAGGAGAGUGUUGCUGUGCAGCCGGACGAGAUGGCCAAGGCCGUUCUCUACACCUACGGUUACCAGGGCAUGACUUUGCUGCUGCUCCUCGAGAACCAGGCUGAGCUGGACAACGAUUUACUCAUGAAUAUUGAAUCGACGUGGCUAGAGUCUGCGCCACAAUUGGAGAGUCGUCUGCAGAAGUCUCUUGAGCAAACAACCAGUGCUGACAGCAAGGAGUCUUACAGCUACCUUCACCUUGACCCUGAGUGGGAUGCUCUUCAGCGAGGAGGCAAGUGGGGUGCGGCCCAACUCUCUGUGGCCCGGAAGCUCCACACAGAUCUGAAAUCAACCCCUGACAUGACAGAAAUUAUUGCCAGGUGUGAGGACCAAAUUGUUUAUGGAUCGCAAUACUGCUUGCAACAAGUCUUCUACCAGCAGCCGGCUGGUCCAAAAGUGGGUCUUCCAACGCCAGCCGAUCUCAUGGGAACUGUUCCGCUGACUGCAAAGCGUCGUCUAGAGCGGGACCACGGAAUCGUGCUUCUUUAAUAUUUUGGCUUGGGCUUGCUUUUAUUACUUUGACUUGAUGGGAUUUUUUUUACCUAGCCAUAUGAACAUUCCUAAGCUUAUUUUGGCAGUAUUUUCUAUAUACUAGUCAAGACCUCUCUCUCCCGAUUUGUUAUUACGAUUUACUGCACCAUUCCAUAUUUGAUUAAAUCUAUGUGAUUUUGGCACUUUUAAAAGGUGCACCUUUUGUUGAUAUAUAUUAUGUAACUAUGGGUUAUUCAAUGAAAUCUGAAGUUUAUCUUUAUUUGGCAAUAAAAUUGUGAAACUAAUGUGGUA